AUGCCUGGAGAUAUACCCACAAAGGUCGGCCAUGGGCUGGCCAAGGUCCUACGCCUGAAGCUGCCGGAGAAGCCGCAGCCCGAUGCCGUCACCCGCGGCGAGUCGACGUUCUCUGUCGGCACCUUUGACACCUAUUCCUACGUCGAGCCCGAGCCCACCGCGGCCGAAUGGUUCGCCGAAAUCACUCCAUCGUGGAAGGAAAUCGGCCUCUACUUUUACAGGCUGUUCCCGUUCCUGUCCUGGAUCACCCGGUACAACACGACGUGGCUCAUAGGAGACUUGGUCGCCGGUAUCACGGUUGGCGCCGUCGUUGUUCCCCAGGGUAUGGCAUACGCUCAGCUCGCUCAGCUGCCCGUAGAGUACGGUCUAUACUCGUCCUUCAUGGGAGUGCUGAUCUACUGGUUCUUUGCAACCUCCAAGGAUAUCACCAUUGGCCCUGUUGCUGUCAUGUCUACUUUGGUCGGAAACAUCGUUACGGAAGCCGCAGAGACUCUUCCUGAUGUCGAGCCGCACGUUAUUGCAUCUUGCUUAGCUGUCAUCUGCGGUGGAAUUGUCACCUUUAUGGGUCUGGCCCGUCUUGGAUUUAUCGUCGACUUCAUCCCUCUCCCAGCUAUCACAGCUUUCAUGACCGGCUCAGCAAUCAACAUCUGUUCCGGCCAGGUUUCUACCAUGCUUGGCGAGACUGACAAAGUCAACACCCGAGGCGCCACCUACAACACUAUUAUCCAAACGCUUAGGGCCCUUCCAUCUUCCACCCUCGAUGCUGCCAUGGGCGUCACCGCUUGCGCCAUGCUGUAUAUCAUCCGUUUUGCUUGCAACACGGCCGCCAAAAAACAGCCCCAUCGCGCUAAGAUGUGGUUCUUCAUCUCUACUCUGCGCACUGUGUUUGUCAUCUUAUUCUACACCAUGAUCAGCGCUGCCACCAACCUUCACCGGAGAGACAACCCGGCAUUCAAAGUCCUUGGAACCGUGCCUCGAGGUUUCAAGCAUGCUGCCGUCCCCACUGUCAAUGCUGAAAUUAUCAAGACAUUUGCCAGUGAAUUGCCCGCCGCCGUGAUCGUUCUCCUGAUUGAACACAUUGCCAUCUCGAAGUCCUUUGGACGUGUUAACAAUUACACGAUCGACCCGUCUCAGGAACUGGUGGCCAUUGGCGUGACCAACCUGCUCGGCCCAUUCCUCGGCGGCUACCCAGCUACUGGAUCUUUUUCGCGAACUGCAAUUAAAUCCAAGGCAGGUGUUCGGACCCCGCUGGCCGGUGUCAUCACUGCCGUUGUUGUCCUCCUCGCCAUCUACGCUCUGCCGGCUCUUUUCUGGUACAUCCCCAAGGCUUCCCUGGCUGGUGUCAUCAUCCACGCAGUCGGUGACUUGAUCACCCCUCCCAAUGUUGUCUACCAGUUCUACCGCGUUUCACCAUUGGACUGUGUGAUCUUCUUUGUUGGUGUCAUUGUCACUGUUUUCACCUCGAUUGAGAUUGGUGUCUACUGUACCGUGUGCAUAUCCGUGGCAGUGCUCUUGUUCCGCGUGGCCAAGGCCCGCGGUGAGUUCCUCGGCCGUGUCACUAUCCAUUCCGUCGUUGGCGACCACGUUUUGGAAGAGUCCAAGCCUGGCCUCGGCGAUGCCGACCGCACGCGUUCCAUCUUCCUCCCCCUCAACCACGCCGAUGGGUCUAACCCAGAGAUUGAGAUUGAGCAGCCGUACCCUGGUAUCUUUAUUUACCGCUUUUCUGAAGGCUUCAACUACCCGAAUGCCAACCACUACACCGAUUAUCUUGUCGAGACUAUUUUCCAGAAAACCCGCCGAACCAAUCCCUUCACGUACAGCAACCCCGGUGACCGCCCGUGGAACAACCCAGGGCCCCGCAAGGGCAAACAGGAAGAAGAUCGGUCUCAUCUUCCGACUCUCCGAGCGGUCAUCCUCGAUUUCUCUUCUGUUAACAACGUUGAUGUCACUUCUGUCCAGAAUCUGAUUGACGUUCGCAACCAGCUCGACAUUUAUGCAUCUCCCCACACUGUCCAAUGGCACUUUGCGCACGUUAAGAACCGCUGGACCAAGCGUGCCCUUGCUGCUGCCGGCUUCGGCUACCCAACUCCCCAAUCCGAAGAUGGUUUCCACCGCUGGAAGCCAAUCUUCAGCGUUACCGAGAUUGAGGGCCAGUCAUCGGCUGCUGCUCACGCGGAGAUCGUCGCCAAUGAGAACACCCGCCAGGCUAGCUCUCAUGGCCACGACCUCGAAAGCGGAAUCAAGAACCCUUCACACACUGCAGAGCGCGAAACGCACGGCAUUGAGGAGUCGUCCAACUCUAGUAUUGGUGAGGACGACAAGCUGCAGCGCGAUCUGAAGGACAGCAAGGCGUACCAGAAUCGGCGUAAAAUGGCUGUGGUGCAGGGCGUCAACCUACCAUUCUUUCAUAUCGACAUCACCAGUGCGUUGGAGAGCGCGUUGGCCAACUCGCAGGAGGAGCCUGCUGAUGUCUCAAGCGAUUGAUUGUGAUCUCCCUGGAUGGAGGCUGUUUUGAUUUUUCAACUUCUAUUCCCUUCCUGUUAUGCUUUUGAGCGAGUGAUUGUCUUUGAUUAUCUACUCUUAAUCUUGAUCCACUGAUCGCAUACCGUCGCUACGUAUACCCCACAGUUAGCUGUCGAUCAUGUAUGUAUAUAGAUUUUGAUUCGAUGCAAUGCAUCUAU